GUACAAAUGAGGACACAAGCUACUUGUUAGCCAGGAUCCAACUCGAGAAUACUACAACAGUCCUGCAUACGCAGACACGACAGAAGAUCAGAAGAAGAGUACCCAUAGAUACCCAUAGACAUAAAUUUAUGUAGUUUAUAUUAAAUUACUCUGUAACUACUACGUCUGCAACAAGGUAGAGGUGAAGCAAGAAAAUGGCAUCUGCAUCCCCCCUGGUCUCGGUCGGAGACCAGUUGCAUCUGAGCCGAUCGAGUUUGUCCAUCGACAACACGCCAGUAUCAUGGAGGCAAUCACGCGCGCGAUUUGUGAUUCUGGGCAUGGCAGCACUGAUGAUGUUCGGGAGCUACUACUUCUUCGACCAAUGCUCAGCUAGUGAGGAUGGAGUCAGUACUUCAACUGCUUCUGAGGUUGCUAGUAAUCUGUGAGGUUUUUGAUAAGUGAACAGGCCAACGCCUAAACUACUAAGCCAACUGCGCAAUUGGCUUAGUUUUACCUACCUGAAAGAAUGUUGCUACUAUUUUUACCUUGUGACAUUUCGAUUCUGUUACCUACCUGAAAGAAUGUUGCUACUAGAGAUGCUGGUGGCAGCGUGAGUGAAUGAAUGAAUGAAUUCGAUUCUGCCUUCCCUCGUUGUUGAGCCUAUUUGUGGUGGUGUAGGUUUUAAGGCUGUUUAGAGUAUUAAACUAAAACUUCGUUACCUCAAGAAGUUGAGCAUGCUAUUUUUUUAUCAGGAGGCGGGCAAACUCCAUUUCUUUUUGUCUUUACUAUGCUGCUAACACGAACAAGUUUGAAAGACUUGAAGCCGAUGUUGAAGAUCUCUUCAACCGCCCCUCACUACACUUCUCUCUUUUACAACAUCCUCAACUACGUCACACUUCCACCACAGUCGCCAAGCUGGGUAUCACGGAAACGCAAUUUGGCUUACUCCAGAGUGUGUAUUCGUGGCCAAACACAUUUUUACCACUUUUUGGGGGUCUUGCGAUCGACUAUUUCGGGAUCCGGAAAAGCCUCAUUCUGUUCAUGUCCUUAGUCUUCCUUGGUCAAUUUGUCUACUCAUUGGGCCUUGCGCAAAGCAGUUUCACAGUGUCGCUGUUUUAUGAAAGGAUGUUGGUUGAUGUGAAGAUGGUGAUGUGUUGAUCAACAUUUAAAAAGUUUCGACAAGAUUAGACGUAGCGGUCGAAACAAACGUCAGACUGCUGUCCGGGUUCUUCAUGGUGAAAAACGAUAGUCGUUAUAGUAGACAUAGACAUAGUUGUCGUGGAGGUUGGAGGUCAUCCUUCCACUAGAACUAAGGUUCCUGCGGAACUACGUCAUAGUUGUCCUGGAGGUUGUAGUUCAUCUUCGAAAGCUCAAAAUAACCGAGUUACUAACUGAAAUAAGGGAGGCAGCUUAACAUCAAGGCUAGCCUUCCUUCUCAUCAGUAUCUCGGUUAUUCUGAUCAGUUACUUGCUUAUUUCAGUUUUUCGAAUGCGUGGACAUCAAGUCCCCCUUCAUAUCCUAGGACGCGUUAUCUUUGGCCUUGGUGGUGAGAGCCUGAAUGUCGCUGGAUUGGCGCUAGUAGCUCUGUGGUUUCGUGGAGCCGAGCUUGCUUUCGCAAUGGGCAUGAUAAUCUGCGUCUCUCGACUCGGAUCAGUCGCAGCAUUCAACACUCAGGAGCAUUAAGGGUAGGCUUUUUUUUUACUGUUCCUUAGGUGUUUUUGUUACACUGUUAAUAUUUUUGCAUCUACUUUUUACUUACUCGUUUUAGGGGGAAAGAGACAUCAUAUUCAUCAUUCAAUAGAAUAAGAAUUACAUGCAUCAUAUUCAUCAUUCAAUGGAAUAAGAAUUUAACGGGGACCGAAAACCAAAGCAAGAACAAAGACGAAGACCUACCUGUUCUAAGAACUGUUGAUCUCAUCAGUGGGCGUCGCACACGCAAGUUUCGUAGGAACGGCAAUAAUGGGUUUUUCUUACCUGAACUGCAUCUUCGUUUGCUUCAUGGACAAGAGGGCGGACAAGAUCGAUGCAAGAGAGGGACCAAUUAAAUUAUGAAGAAAUUGAAAUAAUUCGUGCAGAAGCACACACAGCUUCAUCACGUAGAAGUAGCUACUUUUGAUUCUAGUAAUUGCUACUUGUUCUACAUUCUUUCAUGUGUUUUCAGCUGGGAGGCCCGCCAGCAACGUAGAUCCUACCUUUGCUUUGUAACAAACGACCGCUUAAUCUCACAAUAGUUUGGAUCUACUUCUUCUAACUCGCGCUCCCCAGAGGAGAAGCACCGCGGCUGCUGCUGGGGAAGAAGGCGUCGUCCCCGCUCCUAUGGAGGAAGAAAACAAGUCAGACGCAGUAGACUUCAAACAAAUAUUAAGGCUACAAUAAAUGCAUCUUCCCUGCUGGCAUAUUCUUGGUCCCGUUAUUCUCAAGGGAAAACGGGAGGCUGUCAGGAUGCUCACCAAGAUGGAUUCAUGUAAAUUCUAAAAAUAGCGAACUUGGGCUUGCCAUAUUGGCUUAUCACUUUCUCCUGCGUCACGGUUUACAUAUCCGCAUUUCCGUUUUUUCAAGUCACCAGUGUCUCGUUUCUCAAAACGAACUUCAGCUUCUCGUACUUUUUACGUGUUUUUCUGAUUUUUUCAAUUUUCAAGGGAACUAACUGCUACACAAGGAACUCUACUUCCCUCUGGUCUCAAAUAACUGCUACACAAGGAAUUCUACUUCCCUCUGGUUUAGUAAAAACAACAACGCCCGCUUUUAUUGACGUGUCCCCCAUUGUCCUAGUUCCUUCUCAACGCUACCGACACCCCCAUCCAUUAUAUUAAGGCUGUACCUAAUACAUCUUUGGGCGCAUCCUUGAAACUACGUAUGGAGGAGUAUCCUAAGGGAAUACUCCCCCAUACUUUUCAAGGAUGCACUUGAAAGAUGAAUGGCGGACAGCUCUAAUUAUACUUUUGAAUCCCAACUUGCCACAUCAACAGGGGAAGCGAAGCAAAUUUCAUAACGAGUAUUCCAAAUCUUGUAUCCGCGUUUACAAGUCCACUAUUUGGCCUCUUUGUCGAUCGCGUGGGAAAGCGACCGUUUUUUAUGAUCUGCAGCACUCUCGCUUUCAUCACCGCGUUCCUGAUCUUUAUCGGCUAUGGUAUUUCUGUUGAGUCGUAUCAUUGGUUGUUUGUGUCGUGUGUGGACGUUUUUUGAUUUUUGACGUGACACUUGUACGCUAAAAAUGCUUGUUGAGUACAUCAGCUAGUCCCCACACGACUUCAUUGAGAUCAGCCAAUGCUCCUAGGUGCUGGCACAUCGCUCUGGAUACAACCUACUUCAACCCUUCUCCCCAACUUCAUUUACUCGAAAACUGAAAAUAAGCGAGUAGCUAACUGAAAUAACCGAAUAUGUGAGAAGAUUGCUCUUUUCAAUUAAGUACUACUAUUUAUCAAAUGGUUCGAAUUCCACAUCACGACGCUCCAGGUAGCAGCUGUCACCAAUGCUGGUCCGUUUUGGCCGUGUACGUGCUGCUUGGCUGCGCGUUGUGCCUAUUUGGAUCGGUGAUGUGGCCCUGCAUCCCACUAGUGGUGGACCAAAAUUCGGUAGGAACGGCUUUUGGGGUGACAACAGCGGUCCAGAAUCUCGGUCUUGGAUUUGCGCCACUGGCAUUCACUUAAGGCUUGUUUUGUAGAAGCAGAAGGACAAUGACUUUUUAGAAGGUACAAUUAGGCUGAAUUACCUCAACGCUAUUUGACCACGUAGCUUAAGAAGACACAUGACAUGACAACACACCCUAACCUUGAUCUUCUCAAAUGCAUACUGUUAUUAUAUAUAGGAACACCUCGAUUUUGAUUCUAAUCACAUGCCUUAAAAGACGGUUCAGGUGGUUCUUUCGCGGGAACCUUUGCCCUUAUCAUUGCAAGCAACGCGCUAGCGCUAGUCUCGGGUCUGUAUUUGAGACACCUCGACAAGACCAGUAUGGGGCAAAAAUUGGGAAAGCCCUGAUGAUAUGGAAGCUGUCAUGAAGAACUUGAUGAUAAGAGUCCGCGCUACAACAGAUGUUAUGGAAGUUAUCAUGAAGAACUGUUACACUGUACCGUCCUUUGGUUUUCAUCUCCAGCAUGUUGGUUCAGCCAACACCUGUAAUUGCUUUUCCUUUUGCUACAUGAUGUAUUACGUACUAUGCGACAGCCAUAGGUUUUGAUGUCAUGACAAUUCGACGCACGGAUAAUCUCUGCUCAUCGAGGGAGUUCUCGGGAGGUGUAUCUCAAAUGAAUCAUGCGCACACGACGCAUAACUUUCAUCGAGUUAGAUUGGUCGUGCCUAACUCUCGCUUAUUGUAAUUCAAACGGGUAAACAUUAUUUAAUCGUCUUGUUUUCAUAUGUCAAUGUUGUCUAUGUCUUUCGCUUCAUACAACUGGGGGGAAGUCAUUUUUAUCCCAUCGUAUUUUCCUAUUCCUUGGUAAUAUGGUAAAAAGGUAAUGAAAAUGAUCUAGGUAGAUUUAUCUACUGAGUUAGCAUAUCUAAAUAUUUUUUGUUGGGUUUUGCUAUCGUAUAAAUAUGGAAUUUCUGCCAUGCAAGCGAAAUUCCGAUUCCCACAAUCUCAACUGAAUACUUCGAGGGGCUACCAUCAAUUAGUAAGUCUUGUCAUGAAAAAUUUUUGAUUUUGAUAUGGAGUUUGCUUUGUGGAUUGGUGAAGAUAAGCAUCAUAAACAUAGUCGGGGGGAGCUCAAGUUUUGUUUCUCAUUCUAAAUUCUAGAACUACACCAAGUCGGAGUCACCUAUCACUACUUCGAGAGCGGUCUUGCCUCUGCGGAAUGCGAAACGCGAUGCUGAUAUUAGCACUCUGGGUAGCAAUCAUUGCGCGUGUCGUUUGUUGAU